AUGCUUAUUGCAUGUGCCGAUGAGGUUAGGUUCGCUGAGGAGCUACGGCGAGGGGGUCAUCUGAAUGCAGCUGCAGACGUCAUCGACUGGCUACCAAAAGGGAAUGCAUGUUGUUACGUUGCUGGGAGAUUGAGGGUGCAGAGAGGCGAUUAUGACGAAGCAGCAGACCUAUUCGAACGAAGUCCUUUGGCUUUCCGCAAUGAAACUGAGGUCGCAGCCCUGCAAGCCGUCUUACCGAGGUCACUGGAAAACCUGGAUUCGCUCUCCGACUACUAUCAGCAUAUAGCCUUGCUGUUCGAGGAACAAUCUCAGUUUCAACUGGCUGUCCCCUUUUACAAGCUUGCUAUUGAAAGCGCUCAAUCAGAGUCUGCAGCCACAGACCUGUGGUAUAAUGUCUUCAGAGGCCAAUUAUUAAGAGAAGAUUUUGAAGACGCUUAUAUGAGUGUGGUGGAGAUGCCUGGUGGCAU